AUGUCUGCUCGGGAGCAGCAGCAGGCGCAGCCCCCCCUGGCCGCCCCCCCGGAGGCUGGAGAGCUGGACGCCGGCAACAGAUACGAAGCGGUUGUUCCCCACUGGUUUUACUGCAAGGUCACGGACUCCAGAGAGCGCUGGGUCCCUUUCAGCACGCAGGAUUCGGAGAGGCUGGAAGAGGCUCACGGCUCAGGGAGAGACAAUGAAGACCUGGUUGUCCCAACAUCGGGGGGUAGGUAUGACGUGCAUCUGAAGAAGAGGCAGCGCGUUGCAGUGUACUGGGAGGAGGAGGUAUCUGAAGUGCGUCGCUGCACCUGGUUUUACAAGGGAGACAAGGACAAUAAGUAUAUUCCGUACUCGGAGACCUUCAGCAAAGAACUGGAGGAAGCUUACAUGAUUGCUGUGACCCUGGAUGAGUGGAAGAAGAAACUGGAGUCCCCUAGCAGAGAAAUCAUUAUCUUGCACAACCCAAAGCUGAUGGUGCACUACCAUCCAGUUGCCACCUCCGAUGACUGGGGCUCAACUCCUACGGAACAAGGUCGGCCUCGGACUGUGAAGAGAGGAGUAGAAAACAUCGCUGUCGAGAUCCCCAAUGGAGAGCCACUGCAAAUUGAUCACCUGGUUUUCGUGGUGCACGGGAUCGGCCCAGCUUGCGACAUUCGGUUCAGGAGCAUCGUCCAGUGUGUGAAUGACUUCAGGAAUGUUUCCCUGAGCAUGCUGCAAGCACACUUCAAGAAAGCCCAGGAGCAGCAGCAGAUCGGCCGGGUGGAGUUCCUACCUGUGAACUGGCACAGCUCCCUCCACUCCACCGGGGUGGAUGUUGACCUGGAGCGAAUCACUUUGCCGAGCAUCAACCGCCUGCGUCACUUCAUCAACGACACCAUCCUGGACGUUUUCUUUUACAACAGCUCCACCUAUUGCCAGACCAUCGUGGACACGGUGGCAUCCGAAAUGAACCGCCUGUACCAGCUCUUCCUGACGAGGAACCCACUCUUCAAAGGGGGGGUCUCCAUUGCGGGGCACAGCUUGGGGUCACUCAUUUUGUUUGACCUCCUGACGAACCAGAAGGCUGCUCCCGAGGAGGAUGAGAACAAAGAAGAGGGGUCCAGGACAACCUCAAGCAACAGGGGUAUUGAGGAAGUAAGAGAAAUCCUGAAGAAGCUGGAGCUGUCUGAAUAUUGUGAAGUUUUUGAGAAAGAAAAAAUGGACAGGCAAGCACUGUUCUUGUGCACAGAGAAAAACCUUAAAGAAAUGGGAAUUCCCUUAGGACCAAGAAUGAAGAUACUCCAUUACAUCAGCUCCAAAGAGGAGAUGCAGGACCAGAGCACAGCAGCUCCUGGACACAGCAGGGAACAUGUUGCCGAGCCUGGGUCCCCAUCACAGCAUGACCCGGACAGCACAGACGAUGCCAGGAAUUGCCAAUACCGAGACGUUGGCUUAGGACAGGUCUCGGCAAACUAUCCUCAGCUAAACUACAAGCCCACCAUCUUCUUUGCUUUUGGGUCUCCCAUUGGGAUGUUUCUCACGGUGCGAGGAGUGAAGCGGAUUAACCCAAACUACAGCCUGCCCACCUGCAAAGGCUUCUUCAACAUCUUCCACCCCUUUGACCCAGUGGCAUACAGGAUCGAGCCCAUGAUUGUCCCAGAUUUGGAGUUUGAGCCCAUGCUGCUGCCUCACCACAAGGGCAGGAAGAGAAUGCACCUAGAGCUGAAAGAAGGGCUGACUCGCAUGAGCGUGGACCUGAAGAACAACUUGCUGGGGUCCCUGCGGGUAGCCUGGCAGUCCUUCACUCGAGCCCCGCUGCCAGCUGUGGAGGCGGCGAGUACCGACGCCGAAGCAGAGGCAGAGGCCAGCGUGGAGAAGCAGCCAGACACAAAGCCAGACGAGACCCCCCCAGCAGUGAAGGAAGAGGCCCCCCUCAUUAAUGUGGGGAGGCUGAAUGGAGGGAAUCGCAUAGACUACGUGCUGCAGGAGAAGCCAAUAGAGAGCUUUAACGAGUAUUUAUUUGCACUACAAGGGCAUCUCUGCUAUUGGGAGUCAGAAGACACCGUUCUGCUGGUUCUAAAGGAGAUCUACCAGACACAAGGCAUUACACUGGAUCAACCUUUGCCAGGAAGCCAGUGA